CGUUGUUCACACCUGCCCACCAGGCUGUAUGAAAAGAGUGAGAAGCCAUGCAUGCUGUCGGAGUACACGGAGCAAUACCCACUUUAUCCCAUCACUGUUCCCAGAGGCUCAUUAAAACCGAAGGAAGCAUCCAAGACGGCACAGAUACCCAUGGAAGGCAUCUCGACUACAAAGAAGGAUUACAUAGCUCAUGAAGUGUUGCCACAGAAACUUAAACCAGCUGAAAAGUAUCUCAAGAGUGAUGAGCGUAUGGAUUUAACCACCACUUAUAAACAAGUUUAUAACUUCUACAUUCUCUCUCGAGUACCUCCAUGCCUCUCCCAUGUGAUAAGACACAGCCUCAGCUCCAAGAUGGAAACAAGAACCAGUUACAAAGAUGACUACGUGCUGUGGGAUGAACCAAAGACAGAGCUGAUCAGACCAAACAACAGGUUUCGCCCAUCAGAAGAAAAAUUUAACCACAGAACCACUGUCCAGGAUGACUAUCUCUACAGGGGGCCAGCUGCCACUCAAAGGGGCAAACCUCUGAAUCUAGUCCAGAAAACCCAAGCUCCCUUUGAAUAUAUAACCAGUUAUAGAGUGAAUUAUGUGCAACAUCCUCUGGAGAAACGUUAUGUUCAUAAAAAUGAGAAAUACAAGGCCAAUGAGGUCCCGUUUGAUGAUCUCACUACCCACAAAGUUUCUUACAAGGGGCUGGCUGGUCAGCCAGCCAAGCUUGCAAAACCAUACCAGCUGAAGCAUCAUGAUCUUCCUUUUCAGGAAAAAUACCGAGCUUGGCCACGGCCUCCCAAAUUCAGCAAAAACCCUGAUGUAUAUCUUCCUCCUCUGGAGAAAAUGGACCUUCACACCACUACUCAGACACAUUACAAGCACCCAAAUGGUAGGCCAGCCAAGAUGUGUCGAUCUUUGGAGCAGUUUAAAAAAAGCACUGAGCCAUUCAAUAGCUCUUCGAUAAUGAAGGAAGACUAUAAGCCUUGGCUGUGCAAGAAACAAGAACCUAUCACUCACACUCCAGAGCUGACUUUCCCAGCAAAACCAAUGGAUUGCUUGACUACCUUUCAGACCCACUAUGUGCCUCAUCUGCUUACAGCUGUGAAGAGCUAUAAACCUGGCUGGUCAGGCCCAAAGCAUCAUACUGUGCUAGAUGCUAAAACGAUCUACUCUACCAGCUACACACCAAAGGGCAUUGUUAGAUGCUUGGCCUCUUACAAAGACCCACCCGGUUACGUCUUUGAGGGAACUGAUGCCGAUGGUCACAAAUUCUAUCUCCCUGCUUCCAAGAGUGAAUUCCUGCAAGGUGGACACUGAAGGAAAAAAUAGUGGAUGCAGUGUUCUUCAAGAUAUAU